UCAAAUCAACCAAGUGCAUAAUACAAUAGGAAGUUCUGACCUGAGUGAUUUCAGUUUCUAGGAAAAUAAAAUGGUUUCUGCAAGUGUCAAUGAAAUAAACAACAUCUCAGAAUUCGAAAGUGCGUCACUCAGGUUACGGGUAAUUUGAUUCUGUACAUCCCAUGUAUAUCUAGACACACCAGUUGAACGCCAACUCCUGCUGCGGAACCGUUCCAUUAGCUCUUUCUAGUUCGUUGGCAACUGAUCAAAACGGUGUGUUUAAAGAAUUAAGCAUCACAAAAGACUUCCACAACUGACAAGAGUUCCCACAAAGGUUUCUCCGGUGCUGCGUCAAGUUUCUCGAAGCCGUGAAGUGAUCAGUCAAGCUAUAUAUAAAGACGUGUAAAUCUCGUCCGUACCGGCAAUGCGUUGCUGCCCAAAAGAUGUUUUACUAGUUUGCUUUCUCCUUGCAACGAUGGAGCUUAGGAGUUCAGGUGAUCGACAGCAGAUAAUUUCUGAGCCAGAUGAUCCCACCAGAGUCUUCACUGGCGAGAAUGUUUCUUUGACAUGGCGCCACUACCAGUCGAGCCGUCUCACACUUUCUGAGGUAGUAUUUGGUAUUUCGAAGGCUGUUAAUCACCUGAACCCAAAACUUAUCGCGGUCAAUGCAAGGGGUUUUCCUGAAGUGAAAGAAGGAUAUGAGCCGUUUGUCAGUUGGGCAGGAAACCUGACCGCCUUCGUUGCAGUGUUUGUUCUUCAUAACGUGUAGCCCGCAGAUGGUAAUACGUUCUUUGGGAUAGCAUUCAAGUUUGGACUUAUGCACAACGAGGUUAAAGACCGAGUAUGGCUUCAAGUUGAUGCAAAACAUCCUCCAAGAAUAACCUAUGUUACUAUCCCACCCCCGGUCAGGAUUGGACAAACUGUGAGCCUUAAUUGCACGGCCAGCAGUUUACUUUCAUCCAACGUCACGUGGUACAAGGACCGUAAAGUCUUGGCUACUGGUUUUUUUAUGGCAGUGUACACGCUGGAAAAUAUUACAGAUAAGGACUGGGGACAGUUUUUAUGCGUCGCUAGAAACUCUGAUGGAGAAAAAGAGGAGAGUGUUUUUGUCAAAGUUCUCCCCGAGAGCCCAACAAUAUUGAACACAAACAAGAAAGCUUACAGCGCAAACUGGACCCUACAAUGGUCAGCAGUUUACAGUGAAGGACACUUGGUGAAGUGUUAUACAGUCUGGCACCGAACUGUACACGUGACAAAUAAUAUGAAACGUGAGGAACCAUGGUUACAAGAGAACAUUACUGGUUUUAUGUACCACAAAGAACUCACCGCUGACACGUCUUACUUGUUCGCUGUAACAGCUUGGAAUCGAUGGGGCGAGAGUUCAUUGGAGGGAGACAAAAUGUUCUCCAUAACAACCGACUUCCAAGCUAGGACAAAGAAAACGGUUUCAACAGAACCUAGGACAUCGGUAUCACCGUCCGAUAGCAGCAUGAAACAUGAUGACCCGGCCGCGGGAAAUAUUAAAACUAUCCUUUACGGAGUAAUAGGCGGUGCAUUGUGCAUACUGCUCCUUGCCUUUAUGGUCAGCUAUUGCUUAAGAAAGAAUCGUAAGAGAAGAAAUAAAAAUAGUGACAGUAAGUACUUCGUUAUGAUGCCUUCAAAGACAUCGUUUUACACUUCACGUACCGAAGUGAAGGUAGAUCAUAAUCCCUUGUUAACAUAUAGCAUGACACAUAGAAUAUUACAAAUAAGUUUGAAAGUCACUGAAUGAUGUAAAACCGAAUUAAUUAAAGACUAAGGAAGUCAAUUUCGCAAUGUAAAUAGGUACUACUACUACCACUACUACUACUACUACUACUACUACUACUACUACUACUACUAC